AAUUGUGUGGUGCGGAUGGAGUGAUGGUGGGACAAAAGAAAAUGGAGGAUGUAAAGUAUAAAUGGAGGAAGCAGGGUAUAAAAGGAGGAUGCAGACUAUAAAAGAAAAUACCUAGGGAUUUUCAAUAUCAAUUGAACUGACAAGCGAGGAGCCGUAUAAUCUACCGAAGCCUAGCAUUAAGAUGCCGACUCGAGUGCAGCCGGAAGUGAUGCCGGAGCCAGGUGAAGCUGGCAUGUACACCAAUAAAAUACACUAUUUGCGGAAGUAUCUGCUCGACGAGCUGGUCACUAAGAAGUUUGCCAUGGACUUCAUGGAGCCCGUGGACACAGCGAUACUGCAGGUGCCCAACUACUACACCGUCAUAAAGCGCCCGAUGGACGUGGGCACGAUUAUCAAGCGGGUGCAGAAUCGCUACUAUCAUCGCGUGGACGAUCUGAUCAGUGACUUCCAAUUGGUCAUUAGCAACUGCUUCACGUUCAAUCGCCCGGGGGAUGUGGUUUACCGCAACUGUCAGAAGCUGGAGAAGUUCUUUCAUCGCGUGCUCAAUAAGAUGCCCAAGGGCGAGGAGAAGCCCAGCACCAAGGAUCCGCGUGCCCCCGGCCGACAGCAUGGCUACGAGAAGGCAUCGGAAAUUGUGCAGCGGCAGUGCCAGGAGCAUCUGGCCAAGCUGCAUAUAGCUAUCUCCAAGGAGGAUGACCCGAGCAUCUGCAAAUACUUUAGGGCUAAGUUCGAUUGCCUGUCGCAGAAAGUGGACAGAUUCUACUUCAAGACCAUCGAGGAGUUUCGCUUUGAAGUGACGGGCAUCUUCAAGAACUUCGACAACCACAUUAGGACGUUCCACGAGCUCUUCCACAGGACCUGUGAUCAGGACACACAACAGUACUUGGCGAGCUGCAAGUGGUCUCGCGAGCUCGAUGGCAAUAAGUCGGCGGCCGCGGCCGACUCGAAUUUAAAAAUGGACAAACGCGAUAUAACCGAGGUGCUCCAUGCACUCAAGAGAGCUGAGAGCAGCGUGGAGCACUGCAUCAAGUCUUACACCAAGGAUAAGGCAAACCGUGCCAAGGGCCUGAUCAACGCGUUCGAAGCCACCGCCGACAAACUCAAAGCGAAGCUAUCGACGGGACGCAAGGUUGAAACAACUAGAGACGAUAGAAGGAGGGAAGCACAAAUAUUUUACAAUAAACUCCCAGAUGAGAGCAGUGAGGAGGAGUCAUCCGAGCAGUCCGAAGAUGAGGAUGAGCCCAUGGAAGAAGAAAAUUCGGCAAUACAAGUUUUUAAAAACGAUUGUGCCAGCAUGGAUGCAGAUUCAGAUUCAGAUGCAGAUCCAGAUGGAGAUGGAGAUAGAGAUAGAAAUACAGGUGCAAAUGCAGAUGGGGAAUCUGAUGCAGAUUCUGAUGCAGAAGCAGAAGCAGAUGCAAAUGAUGAAUCAGUUUCAGAUGCGGAUGAUGAAUCAGAUGCAGAUGCUAAAGCUGCUGCAGCAGUGGGUGUAGAUGCUAAUGCUAAUGCAGCUAAGGCUGUAGAUGCAGAGGAAGAUGAAGAAUCAGAUUCUGAAACAGAUGUAGAAUCUUCUACAGAUACAGAUGAUGAAUCGGAUGCAGAUGCUGGUGCAGCUGCAGUUGCAGUUGCACAAACUGAUGCUAAUGCAGUUAAGGACUUUGAUGCUGCUGAAGGAGCAGCUGCAGCUGCCAUUCCCACUCCCGCGCCCACUACCACUCCAGCUCCCACUGCCACUCCCACUGCCACUCCCACUCCCACUACCACUACCACUUCAAAUGAAACUGCUUUAAAAGCGACCAAUUCAACGCUCUGGUCUGACCUACAACUGACCAGCAGCGAAGACAGCGAAGAUAGCGCAGAAAGUGCCGAAAGUAACUGAGGGGAAUCAUCGUAGUUGCCUCGGAGUCAGAUUUCACUUGUCCGACAAAUACAUGAAUAUAAUAAUUAUACAUCAUUAUAGAUAUCAGCUUUAGCACAAAUUUGAAUACUUACCUAGCAACUCACAUGGCGCAGUGCAGCAGCUGCAAAGUUGUGGCUCGUUCGAGGGCAAUGACACCGACACAGCCAAUAAAUGGAACACCUUUUUGAUGGGGCGACCCAUCGACGUCAAAGGCGCCCAAAUGUAGGCAAUGUGCGAACUUUACCAAUCGAUAAAAGUUUCAACUUCACGUGCAACACCCACCCGCUGCUCCAAGUUUCCGCCUUGUUAGUGGGCAAGUUAUUUGCCCCAGCCUGCUUGUGUGUAGAUAAGGCUUAGCGGCUGCUACCUGGUCCACCCUAAAAAAAACACCCAAAGGCCCUCGAAUGCAAAUGUCCAGUUUUGUUUCCCACUCAAAAUACGUUUAAUUGCGGGAUAUCUGCCGACUCAGCCUGUUAGCUGCACAUAAGGAAAAACGAAUUGAAAAAAGAAAAUGGAAAAUGGAAAUUCAUUGAUUUUCAUUUUGGCGAAGGCAGCAAAUAUAUCAAAUAUAAAUAAAUACAAGGUCAGAUACCCAUUGCUGCAGCUGCAAACUUAGAAAUUGUUUAUUCAAGAAUAAAAACUCUCUUGAGUUCCAUCUCAACUGUUACACACAUCCAUACAAACUGAGUAUACCCGUUUCGUGUGCACAAAACAUCAAAUUACCUAAAUAGCACUUCAAUUUGAAUGUAGCAUAAGUUGACGCGGCUCCUUACGCAUCCGCUUCGACUUGGACUCCUGCUGGAUGCUGCCUAAUUUAUUUCAUUUGUAUUCAUUCGGGCCCAGACAAACAGCAAAUUUAUUCAGACACCUGCCCCGACGCGAAUCUAAAAUACAAUUAGAAUAAAAUCAAAACUCCAAUUACACGUAAAUAUUUUACAUUUAAAUGAAAAAUAAAACUCUCAUGAUGCACACAAAAAAAAA